UAUGACCAUUCUUUAUAUGUAAUAUGUAAUGUAGAAACAUUAAAACAACUUAUGAAAAUUGUUUCGAAUUUCUUAACCUUACUAAUGUUGUUCCUUGCUGCUCUUAUCCUUGUUCCACAAGGACUUGCUGAUGUAAGCUCACAAAUCUCCAAGACACCAAUUCCUAAACCACCUAAUUACAACAAAAAAGGAGCAAUUUAUGAAUCCCACAUUUCUUGGUUAAGAUUCAAUCCCGUCUCCAAGUAUAUUCCCAAGGGCAGCCCCCCUCCAGUAGCUUCUGGCCCCACUACACCACCAACUCAUACUCCUAAACCUAAACAUAACCCCACUCCACCAACUCAUAAACGUAACCCCGAACCAUCAACUUCUAACCGUAACUCCAAACCACCAACUCCUAAACGUACAUCUCGUAAAAGACCUUUUAAGUAAAAGCAACAAUUUACUAGUCUCCGAAUAUCAAGCAACAUGUCAAAUCCAUUUCUUAAUUAUGCUCAUGAAUGAAAAUCAUGAUAGAAAAAUUAUGCUCUUUACUCCAAAUUUACAAAUUAAUAAAAUUGUGUUGCUACUUAUUAAUCUGUUAGGUCACUUAUAAUCACAAGUACUUUAAUAUAUAUUAGCAUCGCUUGGAGAGUAGAAGUAGAUUUUUGAAAAACAAGGUAAUCAAAAUGUUAAUACCAUCUCCUCUGUUUCACUAUGUGUAUCAAUUCUGCAUCAUAAAAUUAACUCAAAAUAAAUAUCACUUUAAAUUUUAAAUAUGA